UCAGCAUUACAGCAUCACUAUUAGCCCAACAUCCAUCGUCUCCAAACAAAGUUCAGUUUUAAUUUGUGGAUCAUCCAUGGCUAUGGAAAAUGUUAGACGUAGAGGUAUUGGAGGGAGAGCACCCUCGCGGGACCAUAUUGUUGAAGAAUUUGUACCUUAUUCAGGGUGGACAGAGGAGUUAAAUGGUCGUUAUCUUCUCAUCGAUCUGCCUUGUUUCAAAAAGGAAGAUAUUAAGCUUAGUAUUGAUGGAUCAGGCAAUAUGACGGCCACGGGACAAAGGCAAGUAAAUGAGGACAAAAUGGUUUAUUUUGACCAAUCCUUUAAAUUGCCAGAAAAUUCAUAUGUUGAUAAGAUAUCCGGAAGAUUUGAAGGUGAGAUUUUUUAUGUAACUGUCCCAUAGCAAGCAGUAGAAGAAAAGAGAGAACAUGAGACUGUGAAAGAAAAUGUCAGUGAUAGAGCAAAACAAAUAGAACAUGAAAGAAAGGGAAAAAAUGG